UCUGUCCAGUCCUCUGCCCACGGGUCCUUAAGCCGAUCCGAGCGGAAGCUCUCAGACGUGGUCCCAAGGGAAUGACUGGUGGUUUCCUUCGAAAUGGCAGGCAAUUAGAAGUAGGAGGUUCUGACCAGAAAUACACAGCCACAGCUGCCUGUCAUUUGACAUCCUCUGUAAUUUGGGCCAACACACUGCAGCUGCCUCUCUUCCUUACUCGUAUUAAGUGGCUCCGUUGACAACACAUUAACGAGGAGUGAAGAGAAGGCUGUGUUUUGAACCCUGCCCAACUGACACCGACUCUCCCUUAGGAUACAGGUUCACUGAUGGCUCAGUUGGGAGCAGUUGUGGCGGUGGCUUCCAGUUUCUUUUGUGCGUCUCUCUUCUCAGCUGUGCACAAAAUAGAAGAGGGACAUAUUGGAGUAUAUUACAGAGGUGGUGCCCUGCUGACCUCCACCAGUGGCCCGGGCUUCCACCUCAUGCUCCCGUUCAUCACCUCCUAUAAGUCUGUGCAGACCACGCUCCAAACCGAUGAAGUGAAGAACGUACCAUGUGGAACCAGUGGUGGUGUGAUGAUCUACUUUGACAGAAUUGAAGUGGUGAACUUCCUGGUCCCAAAUGCAGUGUAUGACAUAGUGAAGAACUAUACUGCAGACUAUGACAAGGCCCUCAUCUUCAACAAGAUCCAUCACGAGCUGAACCAGUUCUGCAGCGUUCACACACUUCAGGAAGUCUAUAUCGAGCUGUUUGACCAAAUCGAUGAAAACCUCAAAUUGGCUUUGCAACAGGACCUAACCUCCAUGGCCCCUGGGCUUGUUAUCCAGGCUGUACGAGUGACAAAGCCCAAUAUACCUGAGGCAAUCCGCAGGAACUAUGAGUUGAUGGAAAGCGAGAAGACGAAGCUCCUCAUCGCAGCCCAGAAACAGAAGGUGGUGGAGAAGGAGGCAGAAACAGAGCGGAAGAAGGCCCUCAUCGAGGCAGAAAAAGUGGCACAGGUUGCAGAAAUCACCUAUGGGCAGAAGGUGAUGGAGAAGGAGACAGAGAAGAAGAUUUCAGAAAUUGAAGAUGCUGCAUUUCUGGCCCGGGAGAAGGCGAAGGCCGAUGCCGAGUGCUACACUGCUCUGAAGAUUGCAGAAGCAAAUAAGCUCAAGCUGACCCCAGAAUACCUGCAGCUGAUGAAGUACAAGGCCAUUGCUUCCAACAGCAAGAUUUACUUCGGCAAAGACAUCCCCAACAUGUUUAUGGAUUCUGCAGGUGGUCUGGGCAAGCAGUUUGAGGGACUGAGUGACAAGCUGGACUUUGGCCUCGAAGAUGAGCCCCUAGAGGCAACCACAAAGGAUAAUUGAAGAAAAAAACAUGUAUGUAACCUCUGAUUGUGCAGCUUAGAGAGAUCUUUAUUUUUUAAGAUGAGACAGAGUGCUUCUCCUUUCCACACUACCUUCCUUGACUCUUCAUUACUGUGGUUAAGAAAAGGAAGAAAUGGACUCUAACUUACCCCCUUCUGGGAAGGGAGAGCAGAUAGACAAUUGUAUUUUGGGUUUAUUUUUAAUUCAGGUAAGUAAGUUGUAUGACUUCUGAUAAGGUGUGUACACCAUAGAUUUGACCUCUGACCUGCAGACACCAACUUUGUCACGUUGAAGCUGACUUAACUGAGGAUACUGUCCAUAUGAAGAGGGAGAGUGUGGUGCUGCCUCCUCAUGGUUUCAUUUCCUUCAUGGGAAAAUGUACUCCACAGUUCUCUCCCUUGCCUCUAAUGUAGGCAAUGUCUGCAUGUGAGGCUCGUAACGGAAGGGCCGUCUGCUGUGGACCAUCAACUACAGAGAGCAUUGCCUGCUGGGCUUUUUGACUGAGUGCAUUACUCUAGAGUUAAGCUGUCUUGAGCCCUUUUUAGGAAGAACUUGGUGCUAGGUUUUGCAAGGUUUUCUACACACUGUACUCUGCCCUAGUGUUUGCUGACUCACCACAGCAGGGCUUGGUCACAGCACACACUCCUUUUCAGUACUUUGACCUGAUCUGUGAUUUGAUUUCUUCUUGAAUAAUGUAUUCAGUAGUUGCACUCAGCAUUAAGAUGGGAACAAACAAGUGCUCCACUAGCUGGUGACUUAGCUCCAUACAGCACUUAGCACUGUAGUACUAUCUGGCUAAGUAAGCGUACGUAUACUUUUGAGACCAAACAUCUUUAUCAUUAUGGAGAUUCUUCACUGAAGAGCUCUUAACACUGUGGAGGGGAAGGGCCCAGCCAGUAGACAUCUGAGUAGUAGUGCCUAUGGCCUACUAUGGCCUGUGCUAGGGGUUUGUCUGACACACUGAAAAAGAGAGCUUUUAGAUCCAGAGAGCAGACAGCCACUUGAGAAUCAACUCCAGAGAUGCAAGGCAGAGUUCAUACCCAUGCCCUGUGGGCUGCAAUGAAUCCUGGGUUUUGAUUUUCAUUGCUUGUUAGGAAAACCCUGAGUGACCCUAGGAAAUUGAGAAUGGGAAGAACAGAUAGGAAAGAAAGGCAUUUUUUUAUCCUGACAUUGGGUGAGUGCACACAGAAGACCUUUGUGAGGGCAGUUCUGCAGUUAAUUUGCAGACAUGGCAGCACCCUGUGCAGCCAUGACCAGCUCUAGCUUAGGACUUGGCCUUGUUAGCUGCUUCCCUGCCCCAUCCUCCCACACACACAAAGCACCUGGUGUUCUCUCUUAGGUGACUACUAUAAAUGCUAUUUUCUGGCAUCAAUUCCCACUCAGUUUUGGUUUUGUAAGGCCAGUAGUUUGCUCCUAAGUGGCACCAGGCUAGUCAAGUAUUUGGGAAGCAUUCAGUCCACCCAGAAAGAGGCAGAGUUCAUUGUGCUGACUUCGGAUGUUCCCUUCUCUGUCCUGACUCCUCAGACUGAAAUUUCUCCAACCACUAACUCUGUCCUCACUGUGUACAAACUACAAAAUGUUCCUGGAAAGGACAUUUUAAUGUGCUCAAAGGCUUUUGCAAAAGUGCCCCCCCCAAACCAACUCCUCUUUCUCCCAUUUGUUGCUGCUAAUCACUUGUUGAGAGCAACAUGCUGUACCCAGCAUCCUCUCUUCUACAUGAACGUCAGAGAACACUAUUUCAGUGGGGUCAGUGCAGGAGUGAGGGUGUCCCGCCAUACAGUACCCUCCUGGCCUGAGAGUCCCUGUGACUAACGUUCUGAUAUGCUAGCUCAUCCCCCACCACAAAGAGCCACAAGAAAGUCCUGCUGCAACUGCUGGCUCCCCACCCUUUAAUGUCACCUCUUUAACAAAACAUAAAUGUCCUCAUGUCAUGACAUAAAUUCAGUAGCUGUUGGUAUCUGUCACAGCAGUAAAAUCAUGGAUCUCAGAUGUCUUUUAGCAUGAGAUACCUAGUCCAUGUCUUUGUGACCUUGUUUUUUGUAAUACUAUAAAAUCUGAUUGUAAAGCAUUUGAAUUCUAAACAUAAAAUGUGAUAAGCCUGCAGUUUUGUAGGCAGUGGAGUCAUGGCUGCUAUUUUUAAGUAGAACUUCUGUCAAAAUAAAAAACUGUUUGUAAAAUUGAGUUUUUAGGACUUUCCCAGGGCACAGCCACCCUGGUGGCAUGCUUCUCACUCACUAAAUGUUGCAGAAGCAAUUCAUAUUCCAUACAGUUUUUAAUCACUUUUCAAUAUAUGGUUCAAUAUAUGUUUGUAAGGAAGCCUAAGUUUAAUAAUUUUUAUAUAACUAAAAAAUAGGUGUGGAGGACUCAAUGUGGGUACUGAGGAGGAGGAGGAGGGAGCCACUGCAUGAGGCCGAGCAAUGAAGUACUCUGAAAAGGGGAUCGUUUCGUAAACGAUCUGUGGGGCUGUGUAUCUUGUGAAGGUGAGAUAGCCGUGCUUACUGACCUGGUCUGUCGUCAGCUGGACUUUGAUAAACUGUACCUGGACAAUAGCUACUCUGUCUGUGAACUUUACUUCGUUGUCUUCAGUGGGGUUCUAGCCAGUUUGUUUCCUUAUAAAAGCUGUAAUGGGCAAUCAUGUGUUUGUACUCCAUUCCUUUUUAUCUCUACUUCUGUGUAAAGUGGUGAUUGAAUAGUUAAAGCAAUUUAUUUUCAGUGUGCCCCAAGGGCAUUAAUGAGCCUUUAUAACUGAGAAAUUAUUCUUGUUAUAUUAAUUAUUCCAUAAAUGAUACUACUAGAUAAAUUACCUUGGGUUAAUAGCUCCAGGAUUUGUUUCAGACAACAUGUGAAUAUACUUAUAUCUUGGAUUUAAUUUCAGUCUUGCUAAAUAAAAUGGUUUUUGUCUUUA